UUACUUCCCCUCUGCACCAAUCGAUCCAUCUCUCUCUCUCCCCCCCUACGCGCUCUCUUUCUCUCUCUUCGCGUCCCCCUCUCUCUCUCUCCAAUGGCGAUGAACCCCGAGGAGACGGAAACGACGACGGCGACCGACCCUUUGCCCUCUUCCCUCGUCGCCAAUAUCCAGAGCGUCCUCGCCGCAAGGAGGGGCGGCGGUGGCGCCGUACACGGCGAUGCGAAGCCAGUGGAGGAGGGGGAUGCGGCGGCGGCGGCGGCGGCGGCGGCGGCGGCGGCGGCCACCUCCUCGUCCUCCGGCGCCGCUGAGCCCGACGCCGCCGCGGAUGGAUCAGAGAAGCCCAUCGUUCUCGUCACCAACGCCGAGGGGAUUCGAUCCCCGGGGCUCACCUCUCUCGUCGACGGCCUCGUCCGCGGCGAGCUGUGCCGAGUCAGCGUCUGUGCUCCCGAAUCGGACAAAUCCACCUCUGGGCAUUCGGUUACAGUUCGAGAGACCCUUGCUGCAACCUCUGUAGAAAUUACUGGUGCUAGUGCUUUCGAGGUAUCCGGGACUCCUGCUGAUUGUGUUUCUUUAGCAUUAUCUGGAGCAUUGUUUUCUUCGACCAAACCAGCUCUGGUUAUCAGUGGAAUUAGCAGGGGAUCAAAUUGUGGUCAUCAGAUGAUCUACUCUGGUGCUGUUGCUGGUGCUAGAGAGGCUUUAUUGUGUGGCAUACCUUCUAUUGCAAUCUCUUUGAAUUGGAAGCAGGAUGAAAGUCAAGAGAGCGAUUUUACUGAUGCAGUCAAUGUUUGCAUACCCUUGAUACAUGCAGCCAUUAAGGAUAUCGAGAAGGGAGUUUUCCCUAAAAGCUGCUUGCUGAACAUUGGAAUUCCCAGCUCACCUUCCACAAAUAAGGGCUUCAAGCUGACAAGACACAGCCAGUGGAGAUAUGCUCCAAGCUGGCAAGCUAUAUCAGCAAACAAACGUCCAUCUCAACUCAUGGCUAUGCAUCAAAGCAUUGGUAUUCAGCUUGCACAACUCGGUCGUGAUGCCUCUGCAGCAGCAGCUGUUCGUCGCAGUAGUGCUCAAAGAAAAACCGUCGAAGUAGAAUCAGUUGCUCCAGCUGGAAAACCGGAAAGUCAAGAAGUGGUGAAGAAGCUCUUUCGUCUAGAGUUUCUGGAGAAGGGGCAUGAAGAUUUAGAUGAGGAUCUUGACUUCAGGGCUCUGGAAAAUGGUUUUAUAUCUGUCACUCCUAUACAUCUGCAAUUGUAUGUGGAAUCUGAGAUCCAAUCCUCAGCUUCAGAUUGGCUUAGCUCCGCUCUAACAGGAGGGGAGUAAGCUCUCUGCUGCUUUGCUAACAUGCUUAACUCCUAUACCUUUAUAGUCGCUUUAUCGUGUUUCCUUCCUUGUAUUAAAGGUGUUUAUUUUGUUAAGUUUUUCCCCCUUUUUUCAAAAUCUGUGAUGAUUGAACCAUUUCUCUUCUUUGAUUGGUAAUUGUUCUUUGUACCAUAAAGAUGUCCAUGCCUUAAUCCCUUAUAUUGAUCUUCCUGGGUGUUUAGUACUUUCCCCCCUCUUUUUUCGCAAGUAGAAACUUGUUAACCUUGAAAUCUCUGAACUUGUAGCAAUUGUUCCAAUGCUGUUAUAGUGGAGACUGUUGUUUUAUAUAUGCAAA